UUUCUUUCUUUAUCGAAUGGGGUGCCGCCGCCGUUUACCUUGGCAUGCUCGUUUACAUAGCCAGAAUCGGUAAUCCACCAGCCGCCAGCCGCCCCAGCUCUGUUUCUCUCUGCUGUCGGAAGCGUGUCGAACUCCAGACGAAGAAGCGAGGUUGGCGAUCCCUUGACGGAGAGAAAGGAAUGAAGUUGAGACCGUUGGUUCUACUUCUUGUAGCAUCUUCCGUGGUUUUUUUGCCCGGAGUUUUUGCGGAUGGAGUCACUCCCUUGGAGGCCAAAGAGCUCAGAGACGAGGUGCGUGAGAUGUUUUAUCACGCUUUCAAUGGAUAUAUUCAGCAUGCUUUUCCUCUUGAUGAAUUAAGACCCUUGAGUUGCAAAGGAGAAGACUCGCUUGGUGGUUAUGCAUUAACUCUCAUAGACUCCUUGGAUACCUUGGCAUUACUGGGGGAUACUGAAAGAUUCGGUGAAGCUGUUGAAUGGGUCUCUAAAAAUGUUAACUUUGCAAUUAAUAAAACAGUUUCAGUUUUUGAGACCACAAUUAGGAUUCUUGGGGGCUUGCUCUCUGCUCAUCUCAUUGCCAGUGACUACUCUACGGGUAUGAAGAUUCAAUCCUAUGAUGAUCAAUUACUUCAUUUGUCUGCGGAUUUGGCACAAAGAUUACUGCCUGCCUUUGACACUCCCACAGGAAUCCCAUUUGGAUCUGUCAAUUUGUUACAUGGAGUUGAUGAAAACGAAAGCAAGAUAACAUCAACAGCAGGUGGUGGCACUCUGACAUUGGAAUUUGGGGUGCUUAGUCGUUUAACUGGCAACCCAGUUUUUGAGCAAGUUACAAAGAAUGCUGUGCGAGGAAUAUGGGCUCGCAAAUCAAAGAUCAACCUUGUUGGAGCUCAUAUCAACAUUUUCACUGGUGAGUGGACUCAAAAGGAUGCUGGGAUAGGAACGAGCAUUGAUUCUUUCUAUGAAUACCUUCUGAAGGCAUAUUUGUUGUUUGGAGAUGAGGAGUACUUAUUUAUGUUUCAAGAAGCUUACAAGGCAGCCAUGCGUUACCUCCACCACGAUCCUUGGUAUGUGGAGGUGAAUAUGAACUCUGCUGCUACAGUCUGGCCAUUGUUUAACAGUUUACAAGCAUUCUGGCCAGGGCUUCAGGUUUUAGCUGGAGAUAUUGAUCCUGCUAUUCGCACACAUGCUGCUUUCUUCAGUGUCUGGAAAAGAUACGGAUUUACUCCAGAGGGCUUUAAUCUUGCAACUAUGAAUGUCCAGCUUGGUCAAAAGAGUUAUCCCUUGAGACCAGAAUUGAUUGAGAGUAAUUACUGGCUAUUUAAAGCUACCAGAGAUCCCAGGUACCUUAAUGUUGGAAGGGACAUGGUGGCAAGUCUUCAAUAUGGAGCUAGGUGCCCAUGUGGAUAUUGUCACAUAGCAGAUGUAGAGACUCACGAGCAGGAUGAUCAUAUGGAAAGUUUUUUCCUCGCUGAAACAGUUAAAUAUCUUUGGUUGCUUUUUGAUUUAGCUGUGGGUCCAGAUAAUAUUGUUGAGAAUGGGCCAUACAAGUACAUAUUUAGUACAGAGGGUCACCUUUUGCCUAUUACUCCAGAAAUAUCUUUUAUCAAUGAGCACUGCUCGUAUUUUGGAGCAUUUUGCAAAGAUGAAGCUAAACAUGAAUAUGAUGGCUAUGAGACGACACUUAAACAUCAGGAAACAAAUAAUACUCAUCCUCAUAGAACCCAAGUUCAUCAGUUCAAUACCCAGAAUUCAUUUUCAACUUCAGGCUUCAUGAAGGGACACUGUCCAGGCUUGACCCAUGCCCAGAGGUUUGGCAUUUCAUAUACCGAAUAUAAAGAGGAUACCUUCACUAGUGAAGCUAGUCAACUUCAUGAUCAUUCUGUCAUCGUUGUUACUGACCCAAGUUCAAAACCGACCAAGCACAGCAACGAUAACGAUAGCAUUCAGGAACCAGAGGAGGAACUUAAACACAAUGAAGGUGAUACACAGCAAGAGAAGGAUGUACCAGCUAAGUGAAAUUUGCUUGGGCGAAUUCCACAGAAGACGGAUUCAAGGACUCGUCUGUUUGGCCCCUUCAUUACUGACAUUGAGUUGGUUGCUGUUCAUAUACUCAAUGAAUGCUUGCUGGCUCUUAAUGUGAAUUCAACAAAGCAGACAGAAGAAAGCAGCUGGCCACAUGCGGCUAAGCGCAACCCUUCGCGACUAGAUGUGCCACGAGCCAAGCCGAGGGCUAACACGGAUCUGUGUCGAUGACACUCGACCGAGACAGUCUGUGGCCCCUCUUUGCUAGCCAAACUACACCCACAUUGAUUCAGAGUUCCAGAGUCUUGUGCUCAUGUACAUUGAACAAGACAGUGGACUGCCUGCCAGCGUGCGCAUUAGGUAGCUUGUCACAAAGAUAAUAAAUCAGCUUGUUUCUUGCUUGAUGAAUCAUUGACUUCUCAACCAAGAAACAAAGAAAAUCUUUCUCAUGUGUGGUGUGUUUGGGUUUGAGGAACAACUUUUGACACAAUGAGUUAUUAUUAUAUCUACUGCAACUUUCCACAAUGUCUCCUGGAAAUAUGUUUUCAGAUAUCUUCAUCCAAACCAGUUCAAUUCAAAGCAAGCAUUAACUCACUGAUUUCUUCACCUUCUCUAAUUGAUCACAUGUGCUGUCGGGAGCAUCAUUGCACGUCUGAUUAGGCCCUGUCUACUGCAACAGAGAUGGUGGAUUAUUAUUGCAUGUCCAUAAAUAUAUUUUCCAAUCCACCAGGACUUCGAUUCAAAGAACAAGAGAUGUACUCAAAACUUGAUGCUUAUCUUUUACACAAUAGCAGGAAGGUACAAAACUUCAACCACACUAUUCGACUUUGAUACAAAAACAAGCAGGCAGACUUUCUAUGUACAAUUGCGUGAAAUACAAGUAGUCCUGAAGAACUCUAAUUUUUUUGUUCCUUUAGCAUCUUUUGUGUUUCAGAAGAUGAUCCAGUUGACAGAGAUGCAGUUUCAAGCUUUCUUUUCAGCAGGACUGUGGAGUUGGGCAAAUCCAAGCAAAAUUAUCUAUUUUCAUAAAGAAAAUACUGGAUUCCUUUUGCAUA